CAUCCACACUUUCGAGCUGUUACUAACGAACUGUUAACGGGGAAACUUUCCAGGUAGAGGCAGCAGCCCAGGAGGACGAUGACCAGCUGGAAGAGACCCGACUCAGUGCCGCACCCCAAGGUGUGGCGGCGAGCGGUCGGCAGGAAGCCGGUGGAUGGCAAGGUGCCGUCCUUCGUCAUCCAGGACGUUCCUGAGGACCGCGAGGAGGAGCUAGUGGACUUCAUGGAGGAGCACUUCAUGCAUAAUGAGCCUCUCUGCAAGUGCCUCAACAUAAACAGUGAUUCGGCGAGCGUGAAGGAUCUGCGCGGCCUCUGGGAGGAGAUGCUGGCCCAGAGGAUAGCCGUCGUCGCCUUCCUCGAGGACGACGGACCCCGGCCCAGGAUCGCGGGCGCCAACAUGCUGGGCGUCGUCACCCGAGCCGAGAAGAGCGUGAAACACGAGUACGAAGGAGUUGUAAUGAAGUCGGUCGUGAAGCUUCUGGACGACUUGGACUCCCUGGCAGACCCUUUCGAGAAGUACGGAGUGGAGGAGUACAUCGCGGCCAUGGGACUGUCGGUGGCAAAGGAGUUCCAAGGCCAAGGGCUGGGCAAGGAGAUUCUGAAGGCCAGGUUCGACGUGGGCCGGGCCGUGGGGGUGAAGCUGACGGUGACUGCAUUCACCGCCAUAGAGUCUCAGGUGCUGGCCACCAGGGAGGGCUUCGAGAAGUUGGCGCGCAUCGACUACAAGGACUACAGGGUGGACGGCAAUGAGGUGUUCCCGGGAAUAACCAGCAAGUGUGUCAUACUCAUGGCCAAGAGGAUAGGUUAACGAGUCUUCCAGCAUCUGCGAUGAUAUAUAAAAUUCUUUGUACAUGCAUUGCUUACACAUUUAAAACAGAAAUUAUGUAAUUUAAUAAAAAAAUUAUGUACUUGAUUGAAAA